CUCACGGUGACCAUGGUGAAGCACCCAGAGAGCUUCCGGCUGGAGGGGGCACUGAGGGAGCGGCUGCAGGCAGCAGGGGCCGGGCGGGCCGUGCUGUACGAGGGCCCCGUGCGGGCUCUCUGCCCGCUGGCCCCCAACAACGUCAACACCAUGGCAGCCGCGUGCGUGGCCGCCCCCAGCCUGGGCUUCGACGGGGUCCGGGGCUGCCUCGUCGCGGACCCUGGCCUCCCUGAUUGGCACGUGGUGGAGGUGGAGGUGACCGGCCGCCCCUCCGGCGAGCGCGGGGACCAGGCUUUCACGGUCACUAGCACCCGCAGGAACCCAGCGGCCCCCGGAGCUGUCACUGGGGCGGCCACCUUCCCCUCCUUCUGGGGCAGCCUGCUGGGUAAGCGUGUGUGUGUGUGUGAGUGAGUGAGUGAGUUCUGGGGGUGUAUGGGGGAAUCUACCUUCUGACUAUGGGGAGAUGCCUGCCCAUGCCAGGACAGACUGAGCCCUGGGCCCAGCUGCUCUUGGGGGCCAUGUAUCCCCCAGAGCUGCGAUGUGCAUUUGUCUCGGGAGGGGGGGGGACUGCAGGGACUGGUGGACACCUGUGUCCUGGGCUGAGAUCUCUUCUGUGGGGGCCAAGGGGAUUCCCUGGCCUGGGAGCUCUAGAG